UAUAUCGGCAAGAGAAAAACGUACACAAGUCGACAAAAGAAAAUCAAAACAAAGUUUUGCAGUUCAUGCAUUUUCUCGAAUAUUGUGCAAGUUUAUCGUGCCACCAUGGAAAAAAUCACUGCAGAGCCAACAGUAGAGAAAUCCUGUUCUUCUAAUGUUGAUAAUCCUAUUGAUACACCCAACGAGACUGACAAAAAGGAAAUCGCAGAAUAUAUUGCUGAGCUGUGUUCCAAGUAUGAGCACAAGUCAAUUCUUCGAUCGCAAAAUUUCUCCCCCGAGCGUCCACCGGAGACAUUUUUCACAAAAUGCGACUCGAGUUUAAAGAAAAAUACAGCAUUCGUGAAAAAACUGAAGCAAUUCACCGCAUCUCAGCUGGACGGAUUGUUGAAGGACAUGGCCACACUCAAUCUGACGAAAUAUAUUUCCGAAGUUAGUGCGGCGAUUGUCGAUGCUAAACUGAAGAUGAGUGAUGUUGGACCGGUGCUAAUUUUGUGUAGCAAAUUACACCAAACGUAUGCGGAUUUUAGCGGAAGUUUUUUCGAAAACUGGCAGAAGAUUCUCUCGAUCAAGCCCGGGGAGAAAAUAAACAAUCCCAGCAAGAUGAGAGUGGAUUUGAGAUUUUACGCAGAACUGAUCAGCAUUGGGAUUUUUGUCAAUAAAGUUGGACUUCCAUUGUUGGGAGCAUGUCUUACAGCGUUAAUCUCGCAAGAUAAGGAAGAGCAUAGUAAUCUAUCUAUUAUAUUGUCCUUCUGUAGACAUUGUGGUGAUGAAUAUGCUGGUCUAGUACCCAAAAAAAUGCAAGAGUUGGCCAAACAGCUUUCUUUUUCGAUACCCGCUUCCAAUUUGCUGACUCCAGAUAAGCAACAAAAUCUGAGAAAUCUUCUGAAAGAUUAUUAUCAAACAUUGUGCGACCAUUUGAUAAACGAACACAAACAGCUACAAUAUGCGGAAAAAUCCAGGAGGAAGAUGUUGGAAUCGAAAGGAGAAGUUUCCAAUGAUAAAAAAGAGCAAAUUGAAAUGCUGCAGAAUAAUUACGAUAAACUGUUUUCUUCCACCCAAACGCUGGCCGAUUUGUUGAAUGAAGCUCUACCGGAACUUACGGUAGAAAUAGAAACAUGUCCCACGGAAGGAAAUGUAAUAGACAGCAUUGGCGAUGAACAGUUUGCCAGUCUCGAUCCAUGGGGUGAUGAAGAUACGCGUAAUUUUUACGUUAACCUUCCAGAUCUGCGUCAGUUCUUGCCGAAUUAUUGUGGCAAGAAAGAGGAAAUUGUUCCCGAUGAGCCUGCCAUAACGGAAGAUGUACUUGACAUGGAGGUGGAGCCAGAACCGGAGUCGGAAGAAAUCACAGAUCCGCUUUCGGAGCUUUCGGAGGCAGCGGAAGUGGAAGAGGAACCCACGACAGCUCCGAGCACUCCGCAUCACUACGCCAAUCGCGAGUAUUUUGAAACGUUUAUCAACAAUUUGCAGAACUGUGUCAACACAGAACUGAUCGAUUCGGCUGCCAUUGACUUCUUGCUUAAUUUGAACACGAAAAAUAAUCGCAAAAAAAUUGUAAAGACAUUGUUCAGUGUCCAACGGACACGGCUCGAUCUGUUGCCGAUGUAUGCUCGUUUUGCUGCAAUCGUUAAUUUGGUGUCUCCGGAUGUGGCGAUCGAUUUGUGUCAGAUGUUGAAGGUCGAUUUCAAGUAUCAAAUCAAAAAGAAGGAUCAAAUCAAUAUUGAGACGAAAAUAAAGGUCGUGAGGUACAUUGGAGAACUUGUCAAGUUUGGAAUAUACAACAAAAUUGAAGCGCUGUUCUGUCUGAAAUGUUUGCUGCUCAACUUCCAACAUCACCAUAUUGAGAUGACAUGCGCGUUUCUGGAGGUUUGUGGAAUUUAUCUUUACAAUUCGAGAGAGAGUCGUUUACGCACAAAUGUCUAUCUCGAGCAAAUGAUGCGUUUAAAGACCAACACUACGAUGGACAGCCGACAUGCCCAACAAGUGGAGACUGCUUACUAUCUGGUCAAGCAACCCGAAGGGAUGCGCAUUCAGCGCAAGGUGCGUCCUCUGAUACACACCUAUAUUCGGCAUUUGAUCUUCGAAGAACUGAACAAGUCCAAUGUAGACAAAAUGAUUAAGCUAUUGAGACGAUUGGACUGGGAAGAUAAUGCCACUCAGGAUUACGCGGUCAAGUGUCUCUCGAAGGCAUACAACAUCCGUUAUCAUCUAAUUCGAAGCCUUGCUGAUCUGGUAUCGGGUUUAAGUUCCUACCAAGAGAAGGCGGUUAUCAAAGUUAUCGAUGCGGUUUUCGAGGAUAUCAGAGCAGGACUUGAGAUACACGACACCAAGCUUGCCCAGCGCAGAGUGGCAAUGGCGAAAUACUUGGGUGAACUGUAUAAUUACAGGCUAGUCGAAUCGGGCAACGUCUUGAACACAUUGUAUUCGAUUAUAUCGCUGGGGGUCAGCUUCAGCCAUGAUAUCCCAUCGGAGGUAGAUCCCCCGGGCAGUUUGUUCCGUUUGAAGCUGGUAUGUGUGUUGCUGGACACGUGCGGUCAAUACUUCACCAGCGCUUCGAGCCGAAAGCGACUUGAUUAUUUUCUUAUAUUCUUCCAACACUACUAUUGGUUUAAAAAAUCGGAUCCCAUUUUCACCAAUGAUGCGAAUAAAGACUUGUUUCCAAUCUUGGUGGAUCAUAUGUACAAGGAAUGCUUCAAGAAUCUUCGUCCCAAGUUGAAACUUCAUACCAGCUAUGAUGCCGCAAAAGAAUCUGUGGAAAAUCUGAGAAAGAAACUCUACCCAAAUCUGUUCAAUGUAAAGGAUGACGACGAAAGCGGACUUAAAACGAUACAGGAACAUGAGACCGACAAGGAUGACACCGUUACUGAGGACUGUACUUCGGAAGCGUUUGGUGAUUCUGAGGACGAUGAUGAAAAACCACGUAUCCAGCGGGAUGAAGAUGAUGAAAAUGCGGAUGAUGACUUGGAAGAUGAUGAUGAGGAUGAUGGGAUGAAAAUUGAACUGGAAGCGGAGAGCGAACCUAGAGUAGGUCCAACAAAGACAGCUGAAGAUUUGGAGUUUGAAAAGGAAUUUGAACGGAUGGCUACCGAAAGCUUCCUCGAACGGCUCAAGGAACCAAUCAAAAUGAACAAUAAAGAUAUUCCAGUUCCGAUAGCUAUGAGAAGUAGUGGGUCGAAGAAAACCUACGAGCAGUUACAGGAAAACAACAACGAGAAAUCAGAUUCUGUUCCGUUCGUCCUAAUGGUCCGUGGCAAAGGCAAACAACAGCAAUACAAAUCUUUCGAAGCACCUUCCGAUAGCCAGUUGGCGGUUUAUCUGAAAGAUCAAGAGCAAAAGAUGAAAGAGGAGAACGACAACGUGAAGCGAUUGACGCUUAACAUCACGGAACGUUUGGAAGAGGAGGACUAUCAGGAGUCGUUAUUGCAGAGUCAGCGAUCGCCGGCGAUUUAUAAGAUGAGAAUACAGAAACCACCCAAAUUUAAGCACCCCAAGGGAGCUCCUGAUGUGGAUGCAAUUUUUCAUUGAGCAUAGCUCGAUGCAAUAUGAGAUGAGAUGAUCGAAACGUCAUAUUAAGUUAUUGUGUGAAAUGAAGCGGAGCAGUUAAUAGUAUAAUGCAUAAAAUAUCAAAUUAAUGGCAAAUGAUGUUUUGAAUUUAUCAUUAUACACUAUGCAUCAGUCUUUUU